AUGUGGGAUUGUGUCCGUAAGUUCGGGUUGCAGUUCUGCGACCUGUCCACCAUGUUGGCUAAUAUCUCGCCCAUGCUCAGAGUCUUAACCCUCAACAUUGACAGCAGGCACAAGAAAAGUAUUCCGAUAAUAUCCUACAUCUUCACGAUUAUAACAGCAGCCUGCUACUUCUACGUGUACUUUGUAUCGAUGAUCUGGUUUGUGUUCUGGCGCUGCAGAGAGACAGGCGACAGGAUAGCUGCCAUGAUUGUCCUCUCACUCGGCAUCUCGAGUGAGAUGAGUACCUGCAAGCUCCUUAACAUGUUUCUCCAUAAGGAAACUAUAAAGAAAAUUGUCGACGAGUAUCUAAAGCACGACGCUACUAUUAUAAAAGGUAGUCGCUUUUCCAACAACUUACUUAAGAACCUGAAGACAGUGAAGAAACGCGCUAUGAUAUUCUGGUUAGUAAUAAUAGUCAACGGGGUCAUUUACGUUGCCAAGCCCAUCAUUCAACCCGGAAGGCAUAUCAUGGAAGAUAUCUUCAUAUUAUUGGGACUAGAACCAAUGUUUGAGUCUCCAAACUAUGAAAUUUCAUUCGCAAUGGCCACAAUGGGGGUAUUUUACACAUGUUACGUACCUGCUAAUGUUACGUCAUUCUUCAUAAUAAUCAUCGGUUACACAGAAGCCACUAUGUUAGCCCUCAGUGAAGAACUAUUACACCUCUGGGAGGAUGCUAAACAAUUCUAUGAAAAUAAUUUACCUAACAUAGAUGUGGAUACAGAUUUUACCUUAAAUGGCCACAUAGACUACCUCUUAAAUAAAGAUCAAAUUAUGAAUAAUUUCAUAAAACAACGCCUUCAAAAUAUUAUUAUGAUACACACAACAACUCUUACUGUAACUCGCCAAAUAGAGUUCGCGUUCCGAGACGCCUUAGCUGUGGAGUUCUCUUUACUUACUGCUAGCUUGAUAGCUGAACUGCUCGGAGGCUUGGAGAAUACUUAUAUUGAUGUACCGUACGCGUUAAUGCAAGUAGCUAUGGACUGUUUUGUAGGUCAACGGAUGAUGGACGCGUGCGAUGUGUUCGAGAAAGCAGUUUAUGAUUGCAAAUGGGAGAACUUCAACUCCGCAAAUAUGAAGACAGUAUUAAUGGUUCUGAAGAACUCUCAAAAGACCCUGGUCAUAUCUGCUGGUGGCGUCACAAUCCUCAGCUUUAGUUGCUUAAUGAACGUUAUUAAGUCUAUUUACUCAGCUUAUACAGCUUUAAGAUCCACAAUGGCCUAG